UACCACUACCCUGCAUGCUGACAGCAGGUGCCACUGACAUAGACAUCAAACCCAAUGAAGGUGACGAGGUCGGAACCGGUGCUAGUGCACCCCGCCGGUGACGCCGCGGCGACCGUCGCCGAAGAGUACUACUUCCUCUCCAACCUCGACCAGAACGUCUCCGUGCCCAUGAAGACCGUGCACGUCUUCACCUCGUCCAGCGACAACGCGGCCUCGCUGAUGAGGGAAUCCCUGAGCAGGGUGCUCCCGAGCUACUACCCCUUCCAGGGCGCCCUGGCCGUGCGCCCCGACGGGAGGCUCGCCGUCCGGAACGACCGCCGCGGCGUGCCGUUCGUCGAGGCGGCGGCCGACGGCGAGCUGCGGGAGGUCACGGACGGCGACGUGUCCGCGCCCGGCGCCGCCGAGGCUCUCGCAAACCUCGUGUACACCGUCCGCACGGGAGGCGAGGACGCCACGGAGGAGGCGUCGUCCUUGCUGACCGUGCAGGUGACCACGUUCAAGUGCGGCGGCCUCGUCCUCGGGCUCGCCAUGAACCACUGCCUCGCCGACGGCCAGUCCGCCGCCGAGUUCCUGCGCUCCUGGGCGGAGGUGGCUCGCGGCGUGCCCCUGUCCACCUCGCCGUUCCUCGACCGCAGCUUGCAGAGCGCCAGGCCCGUCCCCACGAUCAGCUUCCCGCACGACGAGUUCGCGGAGAUCGACGACGUCUCCGGCCUCGCCGGCGUGUUCGGCGGCGACGUCCCGUUCGUGUACCGCUCCUUCACCUUCGACGCCAGCAAGCUGGAGAGGCUGAAGAAAGCCGCGAGCGAAGACGCCGCCGCCUCGACCACCACCACGACGUGCUCGACCUUCGUCGCCCUCACGGCGUUCGUCUGGGUAGUGAGGACGCGGGCCCUGAGGAUGCGGCCCGAACAGCGGAGCAAGCUGCUGUUCGCCGUGGACGGCCGGCGGCGCGUCGAGCCGCCGCUGCCGCGCGGGUUCUGGGGCAACGCCGUCAUCUUCGCCUGCUGCAUCUCCGACGCCGGCGACCUCCUCGGCCGGCCGCUGUCCGCGGCCGCCCGUUCCAUCCAGGAUGCCAUCGCCCGCACCGACGACGCGUUCAUCCGCUCCGCCAUCGACUACAUCGAGCGGAACCGGGGCGCUCGCCCGUCGCUAACGGCGACGACGCUGGUCACCGCUUGGAACCGCCUUGGGCUUGACACCGCGGAUUUUGGGUGGGGUCAGGCCGUCCACUCGGGUCCGGCGGAGCUGCCGCAGAAAGAGGUCGUCAUGAUCCUGGGCGGCGACCGUGAUAGCCAGAGCAAGGUGCUGGUAAUGGGGUUGCCUCUUUCCUGUGUGCAAGUGUUCGAGGAAAUGGUAGAUCAGGUGUGA